AUGGCUGAUUCGCUUUUGGUGGUACCCUUAAAGAGAACCUUACACUUGGACCUUACCAGUCUGCUUUCGACUGCCAUUUCCACGUCCUCGUACCAGUCUGCUAAUUCGUUCCAAGAUGACAUUCAAUUAAUAUCUCACGCAAGAGAACAAGCGACCAAUAUAGAUCAAUCACAAUUUAUAUCAUCAUCCUCAUCAGAUUCGGAAACAUUAUUGACGCACCUACGUACAUAUUACACAUAUUUGGAAUCCCUAGAAUCAAAAUUCUCUGAUAUGAUUUUGAAAUCCAUGUGGUUUCAAACAUUACCGGGGAAUAAAUCCAUGGGACAACAAUUCUCCUCCAUUAAAUGGGAAAAACUAAACAUCCUCUAUAAUAUCGCUGCUACAUUGUCUAUAAUGGCUACUCAAUGUGAUAUAACCCCCAAAUUUCAAUGUCUUUAUUUCCAAAGAUCAGCAUCAUUGUUCCAUUAUGUCGCCUUGGAACAAGAUGAAGCCAUGCAGGUGGCUGACAAGGAUACAUUGUUAUCCUUAUACUAUUUAAUGCUGGCUCAGGCGCAAGAAUGCUUUUGGAAGGCGGCAAAGACUUCAAAGACUACGACUAAUAAAAUUGUGGCUAAAUUAGUAGCACAAGUUGGGCAAUAUUUGAACGAAUGCUCUCAUUAUGCCUCUUCAAGCUUGUUGAUCCGGAAGGAUUGGAUGGAUCGUAUAUAUUUUAAGAUGGAAUAUUUUAAGGCAGUGAUGUGGUAUAGACAGGCCUUAUCAUUCCGAGAUGAUAAAUCCAUUGGGAAGGCGAUUCGUGCCUUUAAAUUGGCAGCUAAGGCAAUGGAUUCAUGUAAUAAUUAUUAUGGUACCGUAGAAAUGACUACUCCUUUAUUAACUGCUAUUGAAAGAGAUUGUAAAGAGUGUGAAAGAGAUAAUGAUUUUAUUUAUGUAAAUGUGAUACCAGAUGAAAUACCGCAAAUAAAGCCGGCCAAGAUGAUAAAGGAGUCCAUGGAAUUACAUGUUGCGAUGGGACUUGAGGCAAAACAGCCACAAUUGUUUAAGGAUUUAAUACCAGUAGCUAUUAUGGAUGCCUGCUCUGCAUAUGAUCAAAGACAAGAAGCGUAUAUUAAUGACAAAAUAUUGACUCCUUUAUUAUCUUUAAAUAGGUUGUUGAAGGAAGCAGUAUUCAAUUCAAACCUAUCACCUCAAUUUGCUUUGUCAGAUCUUGAUACAGGAACAACUACCCUUGAGGAAUUACAAAAUAUUAGCCUGUCGUUUCAAGACCUUGAAGCAAACAACUCAAAUUUAAGAUUGCAAUUGGAUAACAUCAGGGCAAUAUUGAUUGAAGAACAACAAACAGAUGAUAGGUUAAGGAUGAAACAUGGGUCACAAAAUUGGACACUUCCAGAAUCAAAAAAUUUAAACGCUUCGUUUUAUGAAACAUUACAAUCUCUACAGUCAUUCCUAGACAGUGGUGCCCAAAUCGACAAACAGACAAGAGAUUUAUUUAAUACUAUUGAUCAAACUUUGUUAACUUCGAGAUCGUUAUCGAAUGCAUCACAAAGUUCUAAUCCAUUAGUCAAGGAAGUGACUGGUAUUUUCCAAAAGCGAGAAAAAUACAUUAACCAUAUCCGUGAUGAAUCCAAUUCUUAUAAAGUAUUACCGAAAAUAAUAUCAGCAUACAGGAAGGAACCGCUGUUGAGUGCAGACUUUGAAUCAAUCUUCAUGGAACACUUAGGUCAUUUUCGAGAUAGUUUGUUUUAUGUGCAAGAGGAACAACUUAAUAAUAGUCAAAUCAUAGAGGCAAUCAAGUCCACCAGCGCCAACAAUGGGCCAACCGGGGAAGCACAAUCAGCUCCAAAAGAAUCGUACAUUGACAGGUUUCAGCAUUCAGCACGUUUGUUAGACGAAGUUAAAGAGAAUAUUCGGAUGGGGACCAAAUACUACCAGGACAUUGCCAAUUCAACUCAUGUUCUUCUUCUGAAAACACAGGAGUUUGAGAAGCAGAGACGGGAUCAGAAAAGAGAUUUAGAGCAAGCUUUAGUUUCUCGAAUAUGA